AGCAAGGCCGACGGAAGUAUUAGAGCAGCAUUAACACAGUUUCUUAUGGUGGGUUUUUAAAGUUUUUAGGAUAAAAAAAAAAAGAAAAUUAUGUAAUUCGAUAAGGAAUGUCUCCUAAUUAGGGUCCAGAAGACACGUGUUGGUAAGAUACUCUCGCUCUCGUCUUUCUUCCUCUCUCCCCACCCCACCGUCUCCGUACGAACUCUCACAACAGGUACUGCUCCAACUACCGUAUUGAAAUCACCGGCGAAUUUUUCUGUGUCACUGUUUCGCUCCGAUCUUCAUAGAUACUCGUCUCCCCGAUUUUUAGGUUUUAUUUUGGGGGAAUCUCUUUCGAGGGCUUUGCUCUAACAUGCUACAGUCGGGAAGAAAGGAGACAGUGUUGGAUUUGGCUAAGUUUGUGGAUAAGGGCGUUCAAGUUAAGCUGACUGGUGGUGGACAAGUCACUGGAACUCUUAAAGUCUACGAUCAGUUGCUGAACCUUGUUCUAGAUGGGGCGGUGGAGUCUGUUCGAGAUCAUGAUGAUCCAUUGAAGACUAGUGAUCAGACGAGAGUUCUUGGUCUAAUUGUUUGUCGUGGAACUGCGGUGAUGCUCGUCUCACCAACUGAUGGAACUGAAGAAAUUGCUAACCCGUUCGUUCAACCAGAAGCUGUCUAAGAGCAACAUUAUUGCUAGGACAAAUUUUAGAGUUCUUAAGUUUUUUUAUUAUUAUUUUGAAGUUAAGAGACAAUGUUAAGAGACAUUAGUAAAAGUGCAGAUUAUUGUUGGGAUUUUAUGUUGUCUCUUAGUAAUAUCAAAAAUUGCAGCAAGAUAGAAUCUAUAUCAGAUCAAUAGACUGAUACACAUGAUUCACUUUCACAUAUUGAUAAAACA